ACAUAUCACUGUCUCUGUCUUUAUAAGUAUUUUUCUCUUUCUUUAGCUUUCCUCUUUUGUUUUUUUUGGAGGUUUUGUUUACUUUUCUAGUUUGAAGUUCCUUCCUUUUAGAUCUAAGAACAGCAUAGAAUCCUGAAUCAGUUAAUUUGCCUCACCCCCAACCAUAGAACUAGUUGCGGCGGAAGGGCAUCACUCAACAGCAGUGCCAGGGUUCCUCUCCUUUAGCGGUCCCACUUGUUUGGAAAGUUGAAACAAUCAUGUUGCUUCAUUCUGCUUCGCUGUCAUUUGGCUUUAUUUUGCACCUUUGGCUCUGCAACAUGGUCACCAGAAAGCUCUUGGUGAAUGCCAGUUGGUCAUGACAAUUGUUGUUUUAGGCGUUGAAAGACUAGAAGUUUAUGAUUGCUUUGGAUACAUUCCUGCCAUAAUUGUACUCACACUGCUCAUUUGGGGUUACUAAACAUAGAUUUGGGCUUCUGUUAAUGGCAUCUAUUAGAAGAACCUUGUCCCCAGUGCCUAGAGCUGGGGCUGUAGCAAAUGGUGAAGUCUGUUCAGUAGCUUCUCCUUUGUCGAAGACCUCAUUGAGCCCUCAGAACUGCACACCUUCGGUUGGAUUGGAUUACCGAGCUCUUGUUUUUGGUGUUUUCUCCCCAAGGUCUUUCAGGGCAUUUGAGAGAUCAAAGCUGAGGGGACAGCUUUGGAGGAAGGUGCUUUUACAUUUUUUCAUUUGUUUUAUGGUUGGUGUUUCUAUUGGACUCAUUCCACUUGCAUCAACACACAUGUCCAUGAAUGUCAUGCAAAAACAACAAGCCUUCUCCUUUGAGAUGAUAUCUGCAGUGGGAAAUUUCCAGCCAUUUGAGAAUUUAAAGAUAAAUGUGACUCCAUCGAUCAAUGAGGCUGUGAAUUCUAAUGCUACUUUGUAUCCAGCUGUAAAAGACCAGGAACUAAUAGAUGGAGUGGCAUAUAAUAUCUCAGAUAGCCAAAUCCAAGUCAGUGAAAAUCCAUAUUUGGCGUCUCAGAAGAAGCUUCUCAUAAUUGUGACCCCUACAUACAAUCAUCUAUUUCAAGCAUACUACUUGCAUCGCUUGGCACAGACAUUAAAAUUGGUUCCACCUCCCUUGUUGUGGAUUGUUGUUGAGAUGACUUCCCAAUCUGAAGAAACUGCUGACAUCUUAAGGAGUAGUGGGAUUAUGUACAGACAUCUCAUUUGUAAAACGAAUCUAACCAACCCAAGCCAUAGGAGCAUUCUUCAAAGAAACGUUGCAAUAGCUCACAUCGAAACUCAUCGCCUUGAUGGAAUUGUUUACUUUGCAGAUGAUGAUAACAUCUACUCAGUGGAACUCUUUCAGCAAAUGAGAGAUAUAAGGCGAUUUGGAACAUGGACUGUAGCAAGAUUAUCAGGGGAUAAAAGUAACAUUGUCAUGCAAGGGCCCAUUUGUGAUGGAAGCCGAGUAAUUGGAUGGCAUACAGAGGAAUCAAAUGGGAAAUCUAAAAGGUUUCAUGCUGAAAUGCCUGGUUUUGCCUUUAAUAGUACAAUACUCUGGGAUCCAAAGAAGUGGCACCGCCCCACUCUUGACCCUAUUAGGCAACUUGACUCAGUCAAGGAAAGUUUGUGGGUUAGCACAUUGAUUGAGCAGGUGGUUGAAGAUGAGAGUCAAAUGGAGGGCUUAAUGGACAACUGCUCUAGAGUUAUGGUCUGGCAUAUUGAUCUUGAAUCAUCUUAUUCGUUCUAUCCUCAUAAAUGGGUAGUAAAGAACAACUUAGAUGCCAUUUUUCGUCUCCCGCUCAUGUAAAGUUCUUGAUGAAGAAGUGGAGAGUCGUAAAAUUUCAUUAUGGUUGGAAGAUUAUAAAGAAUUGGAGGUCCCUGCCACUGCUUUGUUAUUUAUCUUCACCUGCUCCAGUGGUUACUCAGAUGUCAGCAUAGUUGUCAUUUAUGACUAGUCCAUUAAUUAGUGUUGCAUUUUCCCCUCUAACAAUUUGUACAUGAUAUUAAUUAUACAGUUUUUAUGAUUAGUCCACUCCAUGCUUGUGGGAAGUUUUGAAUUUUGUAGAGUUCAUCGCAGAGGCAGGACGUUUCAAUUGCCCAGCUGGUACUAUCUUCUAUCUGUUGUUACAAUUAAACAAUUUCUCCUCCAUAAAAUUAUGAGAGGAAUUUUGAAUGUCAACAUAUUUAACAAUCUUCACUGCGUUUGAAACUUCAAACAUGUUAAAUCAUUUUAUAAUGAUUUUUUAUAAUCCUCCCCGGAUAUGGUAAUUAUUGUAUCACUCUACUAAGCGCAUGUAUCAGUAUGACCUAUUUUAUUUACAGUA